AUCUGGUUGUCUCGCAUGUCCCUCCGCUGUCUCGCUCAACCUCUACGAACCAUCCAUUCCUUCCUAUCGUCGACACGUCCGUCCCUCGCAUACCCCGCAUCUGUCAAUAACCUCCGCACCAUGUCCUCAGCAAUCAGCAAGCGCCUCGAAGGCAAGACCAUUGUCAUUACCGGCGCCUCGUCUGGCAUUGGCAAGAGCACUGCUCUGGAGUUUGCUCGCACCGCCCCUAAAAACCUCAAGUUGGUCGUUACCGCACGUCGUCUCGAAGCGCUUGAGCAAUUGAAAGAGCAGAUCAACAAAGAAGUCGGCGAAGGUGUCAAAGUGCUGCCCGUCAAGCUCGACGUCAGUAACCCAGAACAAGUCCGCGGCUUUGUCGCAAACCUGCCAGAAGAAUUCAGGGACAUCAAUGUCUUGGUGAAUAAUGCAGGCUUGGUCAAGGGUGUUGCUAAGGCACCCGAAAUUGCCGAGCAAGACAUGAAUGUCAUGUUUGCUACCAAUGUCACCGGUCUCAUCAACAUGACCCAAGCCAUUUUACCCAUCUUCCUUGCUCGCAGCAGCGAAGAUCUCCCUGGCACCGGCGACAUCAUCAACAUUGGCAGUAUCGCCGGCCGCGAGCCCUAUCCCAACGGCAGCAUCUACUGCGCCACCAAAGCCGCUGUACGCAGCUUUACCGAGUCCCUUCGCAAAGAGUUGAUCUCUACUCGCAUCCGUGUUAUCGAGAUUGAUCCUGGUCAAGUCGAGACUGAGUUCUCGGUGGUGAGGUUUUAUGGCGAUAAGAGCAAGGCUGAUAAGGUGUAUGAGGGGUGUGAGCCUUUGACACCAGAGGAUAUUGCAGAGGUGGUGGUGUUUGCGGCGGGGAGGAGGGAGAAUGUUGUGCUUGCUGAUACCUUGGUGUAUCCGAAUCAUCAGGCUGCUGCUACGGUUAUGCACAGAAAGACCUAA